ACGGGUAUAAUCGGUUCUGUGCCCGAUUGCGAGCCGAACCUCCGGUGGGACUGCCCAUGAACGGUACCAUGGCCGAUCACCGGAUAACGCUGGGGCCACUGGUUGCUGCUAUCGACCAGGGGACUAGCUCCACUCGGUUUUUGGUGUUUAAUGCCAAAACGGCAGAGCUGCUCAGCCAUCAUCAAGUGGAAAUCAAACAGAGCUUCCCCAAGGAAGGAUGGGUGGAGGAAGAUCCCAAAGAGAUUCUGCAGUCGGUGUACGAGUGCAUGGAGCGGACGUGUGAAAAACUAACGCAGCUUAACAUCGACAUUUCAAACAUUAAAGCUAUUGGAGUGACCAACCAAAGGGAGACCACCCUUGUUUGGGACAAAGAGACGGGGGAGCCGCUCUACAACGCCAUCGUGUGGCUGGACCUACGGACUCAGUCAACCGUGGAGCGGCUCAUUAAUAAAACUCCAGGAAGGAAUAAGAAUCAUUUAAGGCAUAAAACAGGGCUCCCGAUCAGCACUUACUUCAGCGCGGUGAAACUUCGCUGGCUGAUGGAUAACAUCAGCGAGGUCCACGAAGCCGUCGUGUCCCAUCGCGCCAUGUUCGGCACCGUUGACUCCUGGCUCAUUUGGUGUUUGACUGGAGGCAAGUCAGGUGGAGUCCACUGCACUGACGUGACCAACGCCAGCAGAACCAUGCUGUUUAACAUCCACACAAUGGACUGGGACCCAGAGCUUUGCAAAUAUUUUGGGAUUCCCAUGGAGAUUUUGCCCAGAGUGAGGAGUUCAUCAGAAAUAUACGGCCUCAUGAAAAUAUGUUCUAGCCGGAAAUCUGGAGCUUUGUCGGGUAUUCCCAUUUCAGGGUGCCUCGGAGAUCAGUCGGCAGCGCUUGUUGGGCAGAUGUGUUUUCAAGACGGACAAGCUAAAAACACGUACGGCACCGGCUGCUUCCUCUUGCGAAACACCGGCUCUAAGCCUGUGAUGUCUGAUCACGGUCUGUUGACCACUGUGGCCUACAAGCUCGGUCGAGACAAACCUGCCUGUUACGCUCUGGAGGGAUCAGUGGCCAUCGCAGGAGCUGUGGUCCGUUGGCUGCAGGACAAUCUCGGGAUCAUCGGGUCUUCAGACGAGCUCGAGAAGUUGGCUGCAUCAGUCGGCACGUCCUACGGUUGUUACUUUGUUCCUGCAUUUUCGGGUCUUUACGCACCGUACUGGGAGCCGAGCGCACGAGGGAUCAUCUGUGGAUUAACUCAGUUUACCAAUAAGAGUCAUCUGGCGUUUGCUGCUCUGGAAGCCGUCUGUUUUCAAACACGAGAGAUCCUCGACGCCAUGAAUCAGGACAGUGGCAUCCCUCUAACUCAGCUGCAGGUGGACGGAGGAAUGACAUCCAACAGGCUGCUGAUGCAGCUGCAGGCCGACAUCCUCUGCAUCCCUGUUGUGAAGCCAUCCAUGCCUGAGACGACAGCUCUGGGUGCAGCGAUGGCGGCUGGAGCAGCAGAGGGGGUGAGAGUGUGGAGCCUGAACCCCGAGGACCUGAGCGAAGUCACGUCAGAGAAGUUUGAGCCUCAGAUCAACCCAGAAGAGAGCGAGUUUCGGUACGCACGUUGGAAAAAGGCGGUGGAGAAAUCCAAGAACUGGGAGACAACACAGCCUGUAGCAAAUGGAAACGGUGAAACGAGCAUUUUCUGCAGUGUCCCCCUGGGAUUUUACAUCAUGGGCAGCAUGUUGAUGCUAAUUUGUGCAAAAUACAUCACAGGUAACGACUAGCUUCAGACACCUGGAGGGAAGCAAGGGGGAAAAUUCACUCUCCGUGCCGGACCGACACUCGUGUUCUCGCCGCACUCUUUCUACAACAACCAUUCCAGAAGGAUGAAGAAACAAGCUUUUAGCGCACUGAACGGGACAAUCUUUUAGUUUUAUUUAAAGUUUUGUUUGUAGAUUACAUUGGCAUGCCAGAGAUUAUUUUAACAGGAUUGUAAAUGCACUAUUUUCCUUUUUUUUUUUACGGAGUAGAUUUGAAUUUUAAGCUUAUUUAUGUAGGAACUAUAUUGUCGGACGCAGUUUAAUUGUCGUUUUGUGUCACGUCACUGUUCAUCCGGACCGGUUCUUCAGAAGUCAUCCUGCACGUUUGGCUGUUGAAGACCAGCCAACGUGAGCUAGAGGCAUUUCUUUUCGAGCACUUUAUGUUUUUGGUUUUGUUUCGUUGGUGCCAACAGGUUCGUGACGGCGAGGCAGCCUGUCCUGACAUGAGAACCAGGAGGAAGGACUUUGAUCAACAGAAGCUCCGCAUGCUUGAAGUUUUGACAACAGAAAUAUACAAUUGUAAGAAAGAGAGAGUCCACCCCCCUUUAAGUUCAGAGGAUUUGAUAUAAUAAAACACAAUAAAAAGGGUGGGACAGUUG